AUGACAGCCAACAACACCACCACCGCUCCCGAGCCUCUGAUCACGGGGCUCGCGCACGUGAACCUUUCCAUCCCCUACGGCACCCUGGGCCAGGCGAAAUCCUUCUACAGCCGGACCCUGGGCCUGGUGCCGCGCGAGGUGCCCAAGGCACAGGUGGACUCGCUGGCGUGGUUUGACAUCGGGGACUCCGGGCAGCAGGUGCACAUCGCGCACCAGAAGCACGACCAGGACAUCGUCGUCCCGAACUCGAGCAGGCACCCGUGCUUCAAGCUAGGGUCGCCGGAGGCCCUGGUCGCACUGCAGAGGAGGAUCCUGACGCACCGCGAAGAGGGCGGCGAGGGUGCCCCACUGGAGUGUGAUGCGCUGGGUGAGACGUCGGGCCCAAAGACGGUUGAGUAUCCGACGAGGUUUUUUGCGAGAGACUACGCGGGGAAUCGACUAGAGUUUUCCGUGUAA